AUGCCACAAAACGAGUACAUGGAACGUCACCGUAAAUUGUACGGACGGCGAUUAGAUUACGAGGAAAGACUUCGUAAAAAGGAAGCAAGAGCACCGAAGAAGCGAGCAAAGGAAGCACGUCAAUUGAGAGGAAUUAAGGCAAAACUAUUCCAAAAAGAUCGUCGCAAUGAAAAGAUCCAGAUGAAACGUAAAAUCCAGGCACAUGAAGAGAAGAAAGUUAAGAAGCAGGCUGAAAAGGUCGAAGAUGGAGCAUUGCCUACAUAUCUUUUGGAUCGUGGUAUUCAAUCGAGUGCUAAAGUUUUAUCGAACAUGAUUAAACAGAAGCGAAAGGAAAAGGCUGGAAAAUGGGAUGUACCAAUUCCAAAAGUACGAACUCAAUCAGAUGCUGAAGUCUUUAAAGUUCUCAGAAGUGGAAAAACCAAGCGAAAGGCAUGGAAACGUAUGGUAACAAAAGUAACAUUUGUUGGAGAGAAUUUCACACGAAAACCACCAAAGUUUGAGAGAUUCAUUCGUCCAAUGGGUUUACGUUUCAAAACAGCUCAUGUCACACAUCCAGAAUUGAAGGCAACCUUUCAUCUACCAAUCAUUGGAGUCAAAAAGAAUCCAAAUUCAGCCAUGUACACAAGCUUGGGUGUAAUUACAAAAGGAACAGUGAUAGAAGUGAACAUUUCAGAAUUAGGUUUAGUGACACAAACGGGUAAAGUUGUUUGGGGAAAAUUCACCAUGCAGAUCUUCGUCAAAACCUUGACGGGUAAGACAAUUACCCUCGAAGUCGAGCCAUCGGACACGAUUGAAAAUGUUAAGGCUAAAAUUCAAGAUAAAGAAGGAAUUCCUCCAGAUCAACAACGAUUGAUCUUUGCCGGUAAACAAUUAGAGGAUGGACGCACAUUGAGCGACUACAAUAUUCAGAAAGAGUCAACACUUCACUUAGUGUUGCGCCUUCGAGGUGGUGCCAAGAAACGUAAGAAGAAGAAUUACUCAACACCCAAAAAAAUUAAGCAUAAGCGAAAGAAGGUCAAACUCGCCGUCUUGAAAUACUAUAAGGUCGAUGAGAAUGGAAAGAUUCACCGCUUGAGACGUGAAUGUCCUGCUGAAACAUGCGGAGCUGGAGUUUUCAUGGCUGCACAUGAGAAUCGUGCAUACUGUGGCAAAUGUACAUUGACAUUUGUUGACAAAGAAUAAAAUGUAUUUCCAUCUUACAAGAUUAAAGUUAAAUAAAUGAAAAGAUCCAUUUAUUGAAAAUUAGUUUCAUGUU